CAGCGCUCUUGUUUGUAAGGUAUGCUAACUAGCAAGUUGUCCACCCAUCGGGUUUAAGCAAAUUAAGCGUCUUAUUAUUACCGUAUUGUAAUUGUCUUACAUUUUAGUGCAAUCUGAGAAUAUUCACUUUUCCGCAAGCAGAGCUUUUGCUACCGAUCACUUAGCUGAAUUUUUGUUUUGGCUGCGUGGAUAUCUUGGGCGACUCGUGACUUGUCGCCUUUUUCUAAUUUUAACUUUACCUGGUUUCUAGUCGUGGGCUUAUAACCAGUGUGCUCGACCGGCAAGAUGAGCAGGAUAUAUGACACCAUAGAACCCAGUGUGGUGAACGAGGAGAUGCUGCAGAAGGCUAUUGUGGAACAGGGUCCACAAGGUGUAGCGGGGCGUAUUGCUCAAGAGGAGGGCAUCGAAUUUGGGGAAGUCACUCAGUUGCGUCUAGAAUUCUUAAAUAUUUUAAAGAUAGACCAUCUGUGGCAGUUUACAGCCUUGACAAAGCUUCAACUUGACAAUAAUAUCAUCGAGAAGAUUGAAGGGUUAGACAGCCUUGUCAGUCUUGUGUGGCUUGACCUUUCAUUUAACAAUAUUGAGAAGAUUGGGGGACUUGAUAAACUGGUCAAUCUCCAGGACCUGAGUCUGUUCAACAAUCGAAUCUCAGUUAUUGACAACCUUGAUGCUCUCCUGGGCCUGCAGAUACUCUCAAUUGGAAACAACUUCAUUUCUGAGCUUGACAGUGUAAUAUACCUCAGGAGAUUCAAAGACCUGCGUACCCUUAAUCUUGCUGGUAACCCACUCUGCAAUGAGGAGAACUACAACAUUUUUAUUGCUGCCUACCUCGAGGACUUGGUCUAUCUCGACUACAGACUACUGGAUGAAAAAACACAUGAAGCGGCCUUUGCAAAGUACCAGUAUGUCAUCGAGGAGAAGAAACACAACGAGGCUCAGGAACAGAAAGCCAAAGAUGAAAAGAAGAAGAUAGAGGAGGAACUUCAGUUGCAUAAGGAUGCUUUUGUGGAGCACUUGAAUGGACCUCAUUUGUACGAAAGCAUGUUUGCAGAUGAUGCUGAAGCAACCAAAUUGGCUUUUCUCACUGGAGUGCCUGCCUUAUUGGACUCUUUCAGAACACAGCUGGUGACUCAGUGCUCUCAGUUAUUCGAGGCUGGCUUAACACAGCACUGGAAACGAGACAAUGAGGUCAAGACCUUUUACACCUGUCACCGAGAGGCUGUGAUUGACAACCAGGAGAGAUCCGCUAAGAUAGUGGCCGAAUUUGAGAGCGCCCGGAGACAGGGGAUGAAUGAGUUGCACCACGUGACAGACCCUGAUAUGGUGGAUGCCUUGGUUGACCAGCAUAAUGUCGAGAUCAGCCACCUGUAUGAGACCCUCAUGAACCUGGAGCUGCAGCUGGUGGAUCAGCUGGAGGAUGUCAUAAAAGAUUUCGAAAGGAACAUUUCAGACAUGAUUUCAGCAUUUGUGGAACAUGUGCAAGGAGUAUUUGCCCAGUGCAGAGACCUAGAGAAUCACCAUCACGAGAAACUGCUGGAGAUUGCCGUGGCAACACUGGAGCGGGUAGCCAAGAAUGAGCUGGAGGAGGAGAUGCCUGAUGAUGUCAGAAUGCUGUUCGUGGAUAAGGACACUGUGAUCAAUGCUGUCAGCGCCUCCCAUGACACUCAUCUGCUCAAGAUAGACAACCGUGAGGAUGACCUCGUCACUCGCAUCAAUGCGUGGUUGGCUGGACAGAUGAGGACGAUGAAUGUGAAUGAGGGAAGUCGGAACCGUAAACGCAUCUCGGAGAUUCUUAACUACACAGACUAUGUGAAGGAACAGCUGGAGAUUUUGCUCUGUCAUGAACCACUUUAGUUGGAGUUUAAUUACAAGUCAUUUUUACUAAACUACACUAAUAAAGCUUUAUUGGUGUGUUUUUGUACGUGUUGAACAUGGAUAUUCCCCUGAGGACAUCGUGUCCAUGAUGAAUAAGUGUGAGCUCUCAUUCACACUUGAAGUCAGAGCAGAGGAAGUCAAACCUUUUGCUCUGAACAACUCUGCCAUCUACAGACGAUAAGAGCUACUAUUCAUGUGCCCCCCCACCCCAUACAAAGACAGGAAUACAGGCACAGAGUAACAGAUAUUUAAACCAAGUCCAAACCAUUCAAUAUUUAGUAGAGCACGGUCAUCUGAUAUUUUGUGCAUUUCUGUAUGUCUUAGCUGAAUGGCUUAGAUUCCAGUUAUUUGGUAGUUUCCUUCUUGUACAAGCUCUACAGCACAUAUGUAGUGUGGUCCGUACCAUACGCUACAGUAUGUGUGUACUGUCAUUUCCUUGACGCUUUCUUACUGCAUCUUGCCAAACUGUGAAUUGUAUGAAGCAUGUUAAAUAGUCUUUAAUUCAUAACAGUUCAAAGUAGGGUAUUUCAGUCAGGUAUGUCCAAAGGUCCCACCCUACAUACACAAAGUCAAGAUGUUAUCAUGUGGAGCAUUUGAGUUUUGGCGGUUGUUUUGGCAUAAUGCAAGUUACCCCCUACUGAGUGCCACAUACGGUAAUACAAAGUAUGUCAUCAUGAGUGUAUAGAGGAAAUUACAAUUUUUGCUCAGUGAACCAGAAGAGCUGGCAGAUAAUAGAUAUCCUGACAUCAUCUUUCUGGAGCUAUGACAUCAGAGAGGACAUUUUAGAUGGAUGACAUGAAUGAAACAUCAGCUGGCCGUAUUGCACAUAUUUGUACCCAGUCACAGUACCAAAUAGGCGUACUAAUAAUAAAUGUUAAAAAAAAAAAUGUUUUUACUCUUCCUCUGUGAAGCACUUUGUAACAUGGAUUUUGAAAAGUGCUCUAUAAAUAAAGAUUAUUAUUAUUA